AUGUUUAGUCUCUGUCCGCAAAAGAUCAUAAAUGAGGACACACUGCACUGGAACAACGUGGACAGAAACAUGGUGAAGAUUCUGGAAGAUGACUGUCCCAACGAAGGAACAAGGAACUGUCGAAGAAUGAGACUUUCGGUCAGGAUGGCCGAGCGGUCUAAGGCGCUGCGUUCAGGUCGCAGUCUCCCCUGGAGGCGUGGGUUCGAAUCCCACUUCUGA